AUGAGUCACACCGUCGUCAACACUGUGCUCAACUCCACGAGGGCCGCCGGUCUUGCUACUGGCGCUGCUGCCUACGCGAAAGCCGCCCGAAGGUACAAUUUUGAAACCAAGACCUUCGUUGCAACCAAGGGCUUAGUCUUGGCCAUCAAGGAGGACGGAACAAAGCAUCAAGUACCUGCGGAAAGCUUACAGAACGAUCUUGAAUAUGUCGUUCCUGUGACAAUCGGUACACCGGGUGUCCAGGUGAUGUUAGACUUUGACACGGGAUCCUCAGACAUGUGGGUUUGGUCCAGUGACUUGAAGGCCGCGCAGCCCACCGCAUCGGGCCACAACGUCUAUGACCCAGCCAAAUCUAGCACUUCCAAAAAGAUUGAAGGGAGCUCCUGGCGUAUCUCCUACGGGGAUGGAUCCUCAGCUAGUGGUGUUGUUUACCAAGAUGAUGUCAAGAUAGGUGACCUCACAUGCGCAAAGCAAGGCGUGGAGGUGGCAACCCGGCUUUCGUCCUCUUUCCUUAACAGUCAAGGAUCUGACGGCCUUCUCGGUCUUGCCUGGCCCAAGAUCAACACGGCCAAGCCUCGACAAAAGACGCCCAUGCAAAACUUGAUGGAGAAUAACAUCACCGAGAAAGGGGUCUUUACAUGCUGUCUUCGCCACGACAAAGACGGAAAAGGCUUUUACUCAUUUGGAACUGUACUUGCAAAGGAAGCUGGUGUAGAAGAGGAGAAGAUCGAGUAUACUCCUAUCGAUAAUUCACAAGGUUUUUGGGCGUUCCCGUCUGAAAAAGCAAUUAUCGGGGAUCAGACUGUGGAACUCAAGUCCAACUCGGCCAUUGCCGACACCGGUACUACUCUUGCACUCGUCUCAGAUGACGUAGUGACAGCCCUCUACAAGGCGAUUCCUGGCGCAAAGCUUGACAAUAAUCAGGGUGGGUAUGUUUAUCCUGUUGGAGCAAAGGUACCAGACAUUCAACUUGCUGUUGGAGACAAGAUGUAUACCAUCUAUGGAAAAGACUUGGCCUAUGGAGCUCCUGAGAAAGGCAUGGUCUUCGGAGGUAUACAAUCCCGCGGAAGCAACCCAUUCGAUAUCCUGGGAGACAUCUUCUUGAAAUGUGUUUAUGUAGUUUUUGAUCAAAAGAAUGUUCAAAUCGGCAUGGCCCAAAGACCGGGUACCACUUCCGGCAGAGCUGAAUCAGGGGGUGACCAACCGGAUGGUCAAUCGGGCGGUGAAGGCAGUGGAUGUGGUCUUGGCUGCAAGGUUCUCUAA